UCAGCGAUAGUCAUCUUGAAGAUGGCCAACUUUCAAUCCUCGAUCAUGUUGUUUCUCGCCCAUUUCAUCUUGUUGUUGGGCUUACCGACUGCCCUGGUGGGCGCGGUCCCAAUGAAUCCAAAUGGUCUGGAGAUUUCCAAACGGGCUACCUCCAGCUACUGGAUGGCCAAUAUUAAGCGCCAGGGUGUUGCACCUUUUAACAGCAAUGCUGACUAUAAGGUUUUCCGCAACGUCAAGAACUUCGGCGCCAAAGGUGAUGGCUCUACGGAUGAUACUGCUGCCAUUAACAAGGCCAUCUCCUCUGGUGACCGCUGUGGUAAGGGUUGCGAUUCAUCUACUACUACCCCGGCUAUUGUAUACUUCCCACCCGGUACCUAUGUGGUGUCCACGCCUAUCGUCCAGUACUACUACACCCAGAUCGUUGGUGAUGCCACCGAUCUGCCCAUCAUCAAGGCUGCCGCUGCCUUCACUGGCAUGGCGGUCAUCGAUUCCGACCCCUAUGAGGACGAUGGUGCCAACUGGUACACCAACCAGAACAACUUCUUCCGCGGUAUUCGUAACCUGGUUAUCGACCUUACUGCCAUGCCCAAAGGCUCUGGUGCUGGUAUUCACUGGCAGGUGGGCCAGGCGACUAGCCUUCAGAACAUUCGCUUCGAGAUGGUCAAGGGUGGUGGCAUUGCCAACAAGCAGGAGGGUAUCUUCAUGGACAAUGGCUCCGGUGGUUUCAUGUCGGACUUAACUUUCAACGGUGGCAACUACGGCAUGUUCCUCGGAAACCAACAGUUCACUACUCGUAACCUGACAUUCAAUGACUGCAACACCGCUAUCUUCAUGAACUGGAACUGGGCAUGGACUUUCAAGUCGGUCAACAUCAACAACUGCGAAGUUGGCUUGAACAUGUCUACUUCGCCGUCCAACCAGACCGUUGGUUCCGUCAUGAUGCUUGACAGCAAGCUCACCAACACUCCCACUGGAAUCGUUACCGCGUGGUCUAAGAAGAGCAUUCCUAACGGUGGUGGCACUUUAGUUCUCGACAAUGUGGACUUUUCUGGUUCUAAGGUUGCCGUUGCUAGUAUUGAUGGCGACAGCAUCCUCACUGGUGGGUCUGUUGUUGCCAACUGGGUCCAGGGUAACACCUACACCCCCGGUUCCAUCAGCAAGCGUGCCGUCCAGGUGGAUGAGGAUGAAGUUGUUACCGUGACCAAGACUGUCAUGCAGACUGUGGAGGCUUGCCCCGCAAAUCUUGCUUCCACUCUCUCCACCAGUAACGGUGCUGAGACCAGUCAGGUUACUUUUGCUCUCCCCACUGACUCCGGUAGUGAAGAGCGUACCAUCCGCGUGGGCACGACAGCUGUUGCUUCAGUCAUCGGUGCUGUCACUCCUGCUAUAAUUGCCACCCCCAAGCCCACUACGAAAGAACUUACCCUUGUUCUCUCCGGCGAGCACACUGUCGUUGCUACUGGUAAGCACACAGCAGCUGUCACCGCCACCGGUGCGCACACUGUCGCUACUGGCACCAUUGCAGCUGUUAGCACUGCUCAGAGCUCCCAUGCUGUCAACUCUGGCUCCGGUUCUAGCGGUAGCACGGGCACAUGCGGUGUUAACCAGGCCGUCGAAUCUGCCCGCGUUCAGUCUACUGUGACGUCUAACAAGCCAGCGGAUCUCCUGGUCGAUGGUGCCGUCUUUGAAAAGUCCAAACCUUUGUACGAGGAUGUUCCCGCCUCCUCCUUCAUCAGUGUCAAAUCCGCCGGUGCCAAAGGUGACGGUUCUACCGACGACACCAAGAUCCUUCAAAAAAUUCUGAACAGCGCCACCUCUGAUCAGGUUGUCUACUUCGACCAUGGUGCGUACGUCAUCACCGACACCCUCAAGAUUCCCAAGGAUAUCAAGAUUGUUGGUGAGAUCUGGCCUAUGAUCAUGGUCCAAGGCAGCAAGUUUGCCGACGAGCAGAACCCCGUCCCGGCUAUUCAAGUCGGCCAGAAGGGCGAGUCAGGCUCCGUCGAGAUCAGUGAUCUUGUCGUCAUGACCAAGGGUGCUGCCCCUGGCGCUAUCCUAAUGGAAUGGAACGUCGCUGCUUCUUCCCAGGGUUCGGCCGGUAUGUGGGAUGUCCACUUCCGUGUUGGUGGUGCCGCUGGAUCGGAAUUGCAGGGUGACACUUGUCCCAAGACUCCCCACGUCACCACGGAUCCCAAGGCUGAGUGUAUGGCUGCCUUCCUGCUCCUCCAUGUCACCGAGGAAGCAAGUGCUUACCUUGAGAACACCUGGAUGUGGACUGCUGACCACGAUCUUGACCUUGCCGCUCACGCCCAGAUCAACGUCUACACUGGCCGUGGUAUCCUCAUCGAGUCCAAGGGCCCGGUCUGGCUGUUGGGUACCGCGUCUGAGCACCACCAGCUGUACAACUAUCAGGUGUCUAACGCUGAGAACGUCUUCAUGGGUCUAAUCCAAACCGAGACCCCCUACUACCAGUCCAACCCUGGCGCUCUCACCCCGUUCACUCCCCAGCCCAAGAAAUGGAACGAUCCUGACUUUUCUACUUGCACCACCGCUUCCUGCCGCAAGUCAUGGGGUUUGCGUGUCCUGAACUCCUCGGAAACCUACAUCUACGGCGCUGGUCACUACAGCUUCUUCGAGAACUACGCCCAGUCCUGCCUUAACUCCGAGGACUGCCAGGAGAACAUCGUUGAGGUUGAUUGCUCCGAUGUCCACAUUUAUGGUCUUACCACCAAGGCAUCGGUGAACAUGAUCACCUCCAACGGCAUCAGUCUUGUCCCCGAACACCCGAACCAGAGUACCUAUGGCUCGACCAUUGCCCUGUUCGAGCAAACUGUCUAG